AUGAGCCAAAAGAUGUUCAACAGUGAAGUCGAAGUUGGCAAGUUUCUUGGCAGCAUAACUGUCGUUCAAGAUGCUUAUGGAGCAAUUUCUCAAACUUCUUCCACUUAUCAACUUCACACGAGUCCUUCUGGGAUCAAAGUUUUGGCUUUCAACUGUUUUUCUGAUUAUACGCUUCGUUUUCGUAAUGGAGAAGAUCUGGUUUCAUCAGAUAAGCAUAAAGUCGUUGACUUCGUUUCGACAAACGUCAACCCCAAAUUAUCCAUUAACAAAGUUGUUGUAGAGUUGUUUGAGCUUCCUUUUAAAGAGCUUUCCGAGCUCUCAAAUCAGGUAUAUCUUUACUUUAGCAGAUUCAAAACUCAAGAUCAGAUUCCGUUGGUUGUCACUGGAUGUGAUCUAGGUGGAUACCUCGCCAUUCUUAACACCCUACUACAUCAACAUUACACAGAUUUUGAAGAAUCUAACGGUUCAAAAAUUGUCAAACGUCCGAUUUGCAUAACAUUUGGUUUGCCCCUUAUCAGUAACCAACAUCUCCAAGGCGCCAUCUCUGAACUCCCACAAUGGAAAUCGUCUUUCCUGAAUGUGGUCGCGAAGCCAGAUCUUCUUAUUAGUUUUUUCUCAUCGACUAGUCAAUACAUGUCUUUCGACACUUUCCUUUUCUGCGCAAAAUCAGGUGGGCAUACAGCUUUUGAAGAUCAAGAUAUGAUCUUGGCAUUUCUAGAUGGUAUGGUGUCAUCAAAUGCUUGA